UUAAAAUUGUUUUCAUUUUGACGUGUCAAACAGUAUCGACCACAAUUCUAUAAACGCCUGAUCGAGCAUUGAAAAGAUAAGACGUACACCUAUUAACACUCGUCUUGAAUUUUGUCCCUUAGGGGAAACUAACACAUGCACAUAGCUGGCUCAGUUUCGUUGUUACUAGUUACUAGCUGUACAGCUUUUAUUUCCAUAUUUUCCAAUGCAGCUUACUGGGAUGCAGCUUAUAUAUGUUAACGAUACACUAAUAAUUGGAAGGAAUUAAAGGGAAUCAAAAGUCUAUAACAAUAAGCCCUUUUUUGUGAUUAUUUAGCUUUGUAAUUCCGCAUUACAUCGAACUGAAUCGAACAAGCGAGGAGUUGAGUUAGAACGAUAAUUUGUCAAACCUACACAGAAUCAUGGCAGGAGAAACAAAAAGAGUUCCUAUUAAUAUGUUAACUGCUGAGGAAUUGAUAGAAAACAAGGGUUUGAAGUACAAUGCAUUAAAUGAGUACGAGACGUCAGCCAAGUCUCUUCCAAAGACUGGAAUGAAACAGUUCGAACCGAAUGAUUCUUGGCUUCAGAGAGUGCAAAUUGAAAAGGGUAUCGAAACGAGAAAGAAUUUAAUAGCUAUAGAAAGAGUAGAUCGUAUUUCACAAUUAGCCAGUGCAGAGUGGUUACCUGAUCAAAGGAGAGCCAGAGUGAAAAAGCUGUCUGGCCAGGAUUGGGGUAGUUUCGGUUUGGAAAAGAAUGGUGCCUUGUAUUUGAUACCAGAAGAAGCGCUGUUCCUUCUAGAAGCUAAUCGUCUGGAACUUACAUGGAACAAUGUGCCAGUGUCCAUUCAACAAGCUUACGAACUUUUGAUCGAUGAUGCUGAAUGCUCGUUAGAGGAAUAUAGGGUUUACAGCCAAUUGGUACGGCACGGUUAUCGCAUACAACGCUUUAUUUACAAUGCAGGGAAGAAUGGAAAACGCGAGGAAACUGGGACAAGACGUAAAGUUAUCGUCGAACCCGAGAACGGUCUUCGGAUGUCUGACGUUCAUCAACAGAAUAAAUGUUGCUCCAACGUACACGAAGAGCUGCCACGUCAUUCCAAGAAUGCAGACACCGUCGAUUCCUCGAAACAAACCUCUGAAGAUACAACGGAAGAUAAAACUGUUCCAAAGAUCGUGCACGAAGUUAUGAACGAUCUCCUUGGUGCAGUAGAAGAAAUCGAAGAUCCAGUGGCUGUUGAACCUAACGGAGAUAGAAAGAAACGGAAGUCCAAAGUAGAAAUUAUAUCGAAUGAAAUCAUAUUGGGUGAUAUAAAGAUUGUCACGAAUCAUACGAAUAACUCUGUUAAAGAUAGUAGUGCGUCAACGAGUUGGCAAGCGUCACGAAUACAACGGAACGUCAAAUUGGUACCUAAGAGAACAGACAAGCGACUGUCGAUCAACGACGCUUUCGAAUCUAAGAAAUCCCCGAACAAACGUAAACUAAAUCCAUCUGAUGAGAAUAAUGCAAAGAAGUCGAAACAGGAGGUCAUAGAACUUUCCGACGAUGAGAUUCAGGAGGUGUCGAAACCUAUGACGCGAAUGGAUUUACUGAGUCUCAUUCCAAAUAUUGCAUCUCAGCUCACAGUCACUGUCAACAUUUCAAGGGGCUACAUACCGCACAGUAUUAAACCUAAUAAGACGGUUUACCAUUACGUAGGUAAUAAAUUAAAAGGUUUGCCGGAGAGACAUAAAAGGUUUCAAUCCGAUCGAAAUACGGAGCACGAGAAUAAUAAUCGAGCUGCGCAUCAUGGCAAUCACGAUUCGACGAAUAGGAGGAACACGGUCACUCAAUUUAAUCCGUAUCAAGCGUUCGACGUGCGUAAUCUUCGUGCACACGAUUACGUUUCCAUGCAACAUUUCAAGCAACAUACAAACUUCGCCCCUACCUGUGCAUAUAACAAUGGACGCGGUCAGCAAGCGUACGUUCAAGAUCCGUACUGGAUCCAUAGGAACAGUACGUUCGAAAACAUGGUCGUUCCUUAUGGUAAUCAUUGCGCCGCUGUCCCUCAAAACAGAUGCAUUUCGGUGCCGGUACAAAUACAUAAUUUGCUAAGACCGAACGUACACGACGGCAUGAUUAGGAGUUGUUCUACGAGACAGCCCGUCGUUCAUGAAAUGUUCCGGAAACUGUAUCAUCAGAGAAUCGUCCAAGAUUCGUCGGUAGAUCGUGGUGCACCGAGAAACGCCUUACUUCCAACGCCUCGUCGGUGGCAUCCGCCACGAUAUCAUAAAAAUCAAUGCACACCUUUGAAUUAUAAACACGUCUAUCCGUCGUCGUUCAAAGUUAUCCCGGGAGCAUCGUCGUGGCCAGAACUGAAGCUCAAAUGGCGCGAAGAGAAAACGAUUACCAUCGACGACGAGGAUACUAAUCAGGAAACUGAUAAAAAGAGUAACGAAGUACAGGUGGUCGGACAAACGUGCAGUCCUUUAGUCGGACCAAAGAACGCGAAUAGUCUCGAAGAAGUCUUUAGCAAGCUUAGAAUAAUUAAAUCCGCGCCGGAAAAAAUUGUAAGAAAGAAAAGUAAACGGAAGAUAUCAUACAACGUUUACUCGAACACGCAAAGCUAUAGGAAAGCGAAUCCCGGCCUCCCUUGUUACCGAAUAGUUGUAGUAAGACCGAAUGAUUCGUUUAUACAACCAAUCGAGUUAUACCGUUUGAUGCAUGAUGCCGAGAAUUCGCUGAUAGUAUUGGCAUGCGUAUCGCAAUCAAUCUCAUACAUCCAACCAGGGUUUAUAUCCCUACCAAAUCUGACAUGAUCGAAAUAAAUUUUCCAUUAAUUACAUA